AUGUCGACCUCUCUGGACCCUACCAUUCCGCUCCAGAAAACGGCAGAAAUCACUAAACAUUUGCGCUCCCGCGAUGUUCCGCUUACGGCACUACUUCCCUUCGCUUCAACAAUUCUUGAUAAGACUGUCGGAAAAGAAAAUGAGAAAAAUAUAUAUUUUCCGCAGAAGGAGGAUUGGCUUUUGGAAUGGCUGGUGCAAAGAUUAGGGCAAGAUGACAGUGGUGCGCCAGAAGCACGGUGCGACCCAGAAUUCUGGGUUUUUUUGUUACGCCUUCUACCAUUGUCUUUCUCUGCCGGUGGGAUCUUAAAGAAACAUAAUAUUCUCCAACUUAUCUCAAAAGCACUUUCCGAAGCGGCUUUAUCACAGAAGAGAGACUUAACAGCCCCCACGGUUCCGGGGAGGGAUGAAGACAUUGAUAUGGAGGAUGAGGAGAUCUACAGCACGCCGAAAGAAAGAUUGUCCUCUGAUUCUUCCGCCAGUCCUCCAGAACAACUUCUGUUGCUUCGGCGAACACCUUCGAGACUUCAGGGUCUUUUAGCAAGUGUCACUGGUGUAUUGUCGUACAUUCAAGAGAACUUAGGUGCUGGGAGAAGAGACGGAAAUAUAGUUGCGGUUUUAAGAGGAACCCCGGAAAUCGGGGCACAGAUCCUAGGAUCGUUUCUUGAGGCUUGUCACGUACUAAUUCAGGAAGGGAUAGAAAUAGAGGAAGAAUGGAUAAAUACUGUGGUGAAUGUUUGGCGGAGUUGUGUAUGGGGAAACCCGCAAUUAAAGAAGCUUUCAAUGAUAUUCUCAACGUCCUGUCUUGUUCCUACAACUCAUUUGUUAAUGACACCCUCUAUUCCAUCUAACCUUCGACGUUUGGGGACUACAGAGCUCUCAUCAAAAGAUCUAAAGCCUCUGCUGGGGCCUCUAAAGGCUCAGAAAGACGGCCUCUCCAAUAUAUUUAGGAUUGCCAUCACCUCGCAGACCAAGAGAAGGAAACCGGACUCGACGAUUGUAGAAGUGAUCUUCGAAUCAAUUACAAGCGCGAUUCUUGGAAUCUUAUUUCCUAUCAAAACCAUUAAUACUAGAGAUGCAGAAAUAGUCAUGAGCCUAUUGGAAGUCCUCAUUGAGACUGGCACUAGCAUCUCUUCUAAUACGAUAGCUGAGCUUGUAGAUGGUAUAUCAAAUCUUUCCUACAGUAACACAAGCUCAGUCGUUCGAUGGGAUAUUAUCGCAGUCGCUCUAAAGCUUGAUUUUGACAUAUUCCUUGGAAAGGGGAAUGAGGAGCGGGCCUUGAAGCUUUUUAGUUCACUCACAAACAAUUUUACAGAUCAAGAGACAGUUUAUGAGGUUAUGAAGCUGUUAAUUGACGGUUUUGUCAAAGCCCGAGAUCUAGGUGGUUUUGUAAAUGUUUGGAUCUCAGAAUUGCGCAAAGACGGGGCUCGAGAUGGGAUUUGGGAGAGUGAUAGAGCUGCAAAACUCUUUUCGGAGCGGAUAGAAGCUUCUCUACUACCCGGGCAGAUCGAGAAUGUCCUUAAAACCGCCAUCCAAGAAAAUAGCUGGGUUGUCAUCGACGGUUUGUUAAGAGGUGUGAAGAGAGAGGAUACCCACAACAAAAUCAGGCCUUUGCUAAAUAAGAUUACCGAUAAAAUUCUUGAUGGUGAGGUGGGAUGGAGAGGAUGGAGAGCUAUGGUGAGGGGGCUUCAAAUCGAGAGUGGAUUGGCCGGUGGCAAUCAAGGGAAAAUCUUGAAGAGAUUGAAGAAGUACGUCGAGCGUGGGACAGAUGAUGAUGAUGCGAGAAGAGCUUUAUUUAUUGGAGAAGUCUUGAUGGACAGUGCGGAUGGUGAGGGCCAAGCUGAGGUGAUAUGCGUGUUCAUCAAAGCGAUGAAAAGCACCACAAGGAGCUGGGAUCGUUCUCUAGGAGAUAUAAAUCCGGAAAAUCUUGGUGUUGCGAUUGUGUUAGGCGUCAUUGGCAGGUGGAUGACAGUUUUAGAGCGAGCUCAGUCGGAUAUCCGGACAGGGUUUGUGGACGAGUUUUUGAGUAUGGCUGUCGAAAAUGAUACCGCACAGAAGGCGAGCGAUCUCACUGGAAGGGUCCUAUGGCAGAGUAUGCUAGUUAGAGGUGUUUCUUACGAGCACCCUUCGCUAAAAGACGCUAUACUUGCUGCACUCGUAAUCAAACUAGAGUCCCGUUUUGAAAUCUCUCAAGAUAUGAACGCAUCAUUAGGGGAUAUAGAAAAGGGGAGAGGUGCUCCAAUGACCGAAAAGGAUGUGGAAUGUUACAAAUUCUUGAUCCAGAGCAUCUCAAAGUUUCCAUUGGAGGCUAUUAAAAGGACCGUUAGAGAAAGGAUACUGGAUGUUUUGGUAUUGCUCGACUCCUCCCUUAAGAAAGAGGGAUCGUCUGUGCUCCUGAGGGAUGCAGUGAAAGGGCUAGUUGCAAGACUGUGGGCUUUGGGAAAUGCCAGCUCUUUUCUGGCAAGAGACGUGAACGGGUUUAUGGCGUGGUCUCUGGAAGAGGGUGGUCUAGGGGAGGCCGGAAGGAAGAUACUAAGAUGCAUAUUUGCGACAAAGGAGCAAGAAAGAAGUCGUGAAUUCUUAGCAAAAUUGGUGGAAUCUGCUGAGAUUGAGUUUCUCCGUAACUCUGAGAAGCCAACAAUAAAAGCGGUAAAGGCAUGCGAAAUUAUCAUCGAAGAAUUUUGGAGAGCGGGUGAGAGAAAUGAUGUUCAACAAUUGCGGGAAAAAAUCCUUGAGCAGCUACGAAAUUUCACGGAGACUGGAGAAAUAAAUGGGCACUUGAUUGGGGCAUGGAGGAAAAUCUGGGCACUUGACCGAAGUCCAAGCGAUAAAGAAGAAGUGUUAGGAUUUGCGCAAAAUAUCAUUGAACGUAUAAAGGCAACUCUUCCUAAAAUCUUGACAGUUUCAGAACAUUUAGGAGAGGAUGGAGUAGGAGAUGCAACCCAUAUCGUUGCAGAAACCGUUAUGAUACUUUGCGCUUCUUCUAAUACUACAGAGGAAGCCAUAAAAACCACAGCAUUGGUGGUGGCGAUAUUAGAUUCGCCAUUCGCACGAUGCUAUAGAUCAGAGAUGAUUCUCGCCUAUAGUGAAAUGGUAUCAAUUAGCUUGGAUCCAGAGGUCUAUCUAGAUUGUAUAGAGAUAGUUAUCGAAGGGUGUUUUUCGUUAGAAGAAACAACAGCGCCAGCAUAUUGGGAAAUACUAAAGGUUUUAAUCAAUGGAGCAAAGAUCCCGGAAGAAGAGGAUAAAUGGAAAAUAAUCAUUGACUGCCUUUCGAAGGUGUUUUCAAAGUUAGCACGGAACUUGCCCAAGACUAAGACCGUUACCGAAUUCUUGGCCGUGACAGAUUGCAUGGAUAUAAUUCUGCGCGAAAAGACUUGGGCAGUAAUGCAAUACAACAUCGACGAAACCCUGGCAUCUGUGGCAAUCACUUCAUCACCGUCAGGCCCUCAAUUCACUCCCGUUAUAGUUAUUGCGGAUGAAAUUUUUCUCAGAUUGUGCAAUAUUUUACGGUUGAUCUUGUCUCAGCACCGAAGAAGGGUCAGGGGCGGCCGCUAUCAUCUUGUUGUGGCUGCUCUCCAAUCUUUACUUCGUUGUAUCUUUAAACGCAAAACAGCUAGGGAGCGCAAGAAAUCCGACAAAAUACUCCACCCCCCAUGGCUUUUACCCAGUACAAUAACAUCAGAAAUGCCUAUAAUUACUGAUAAGUGUGCCGAUGGCUUCAACCGGCUGCUCGCAACCUUCUGUGAGCCAUCUGCAUACUCUGUCAGGGGUAAGACCAGAGGGGGGGUCGAUGAUAAUCUUGUCAACAGCGUUAGGGAUCGUGAGAAACGCGAGGUUGCUAGCUGCGUUGGCGGGCUACUGGGAACUGAGGGGGUUAAGGCAUUUGCCAGAACCGUGGAUAAAGAGGGGAGAGCAAUGCUUAGGGAGUUGAGGGAUGAAUACAACAGAGUCGGAGGAGGGGCGAGUGAAAAGUUUUGA